UCCUGAAGAAAUCUCCUGACGACCUCAGUAAUUUGGUGACUGGAAAUUUAGCUACCCAAAGUCCCGUCACUUCGGGCGACAACGACAAGCUGAUCAAGCAGAAGCGACACCGUACCCGUUUCACACCCGGACAGCUCAACGAACUAGAGAGGAGCUUCACCAAAACUCACUACCCGGACAUCUUCAUGAGAGAGGAGCUGGCCCUGCGGAUCGGGCUGACAGAGUCUCGUGUCCAG